AGGAUGUUGCUGCUGCUGCCGCUGCUCGUGUGCGGCCUCUCUUCUGCACUCUCCUUCACGCUCCCAACCGCAGCUCCGCCUCGCUCCGCCGCCCCCCUCCUGGCGCUCCCACCCAGCGCCCUGGACGUGCUCUCGGAGCGCGGCUCUGCACUGCUCCGCGCCUCGCGCGAGUUCGCGCUCUCCGCGCUCAGCGUCUCCACCGCGAGGCGCAAUCGAGAGCUGCUCAUCUGCUACGGCGCAGCUGGUCUCACAGGGGCAGAACCAAGCUGCUCAGAGAUGGCGGCGGCAGCGGAGGAGGAAGAGGAGGAGGCGACCCCGGGUCCCAGAGGACAGAGCACGGAGUCAGAGAUGCCGUCUCUGACCUCGAAGACGAUGGGAUCCGGGAACGAACCACAUCCGACUUCUGGCCCAGAGACCUCAGGCCCCGUGCAGGGACCCCUGGCCCCCACGGAGUCGUCCCCGCGUGGCUGUGCGCGCUUCGUGCGCCUGUGCAAGGCUGCCCGGCUCUCGGAGUCUGCGUGCCGCGACCUCGUGCGGGAGCGCUGCGACGCGAGGAGGCGCGCGUGCGAUCUGGCCGUCGCAAGCGACGAAGCAACCGACGCCGGUGGUGGCGACGUCGCCACGCCGACCCCGUCUCGAGGCGCGCGGCGGGCAACACCGGCCGGGCCGGCGCUGGGCACAGUGGGGAGGGGCACGAGGCAGCGCGGUGUCGGGGUGCCCCGGAUCGUGGGGGGCACGGAGCCCCCCCGCGGCGCGUUCCCGUGGCUCGUGUCGGCACGUCUCCGCGGGGCGCACGCGUGCGGCGCCGUGCUGGUGGCACGCAGGUGGGCGCUCACGGCAGCGCACUGCUUCCACAGGAGCAAACGUGAGGACGACUGGGCGGCCGUGCUGGGGGAACAUGACCUGGUGGAGGUCGAUCCCUUCGAGUCGACCAUCGCUAUCAACCGCAUCAUCAUCCACCCGCACUACGACCCUCGCUCCUUCGACUGCGAUGUGGCACUCAUGGAGCUGGCUCAGCCGGCACCGCUCAGCGCCCACGUCUCCACGCUCGCCCUGCCCCCCAGCAGCCUCCAGCUCCCGCCCGGCACCCCCUGCACCGUCGCAGGAUGGGGCACCCUGCUGGAAGACGGCCCCGGCUCCCGGGUGCUGCUCGCCGCGCAGCUGCCCCUGCAGCCCCAGGCGCUGUGCCGCUCUGCGCUGGGCCCGGCCCACGUCACGGCGGGGAUGCUGUGCGCGGGUCGCAUGGACGGCGCCGCCGACACCUGCCAGGGCGAUUCUGGGGGGCCCCUGGUGUGCACCCCCCCAAACCCAUCGCGGGCCCCCUCCGCCCCCGCCGCCCCGGUGCUGCUGGGCGUGGUGUCGUGGGGGGACGGCUGCGCCGAGGUGGGGAAGCCCGGAGUGUACGCGCGCGUGCCUCGCUUCUCGCACUGGGCCCGGCAGCAGAUGGCACUUCCCGUGGGGAGCCGGGAGCCGACGUGCGCGGAGCUAAGACAACUUCGCGCUGUCGAGGCCGGGCCACUGCGCGAGAACAGAGACUCGCAGCUCUGCUUCUUCUACUCCCGGCCCUGCCGCCCCUCGCAGAUGCCCCCAGGGGCCCCCUCGGCCCCUCUGCUGGGUUCCCCGGCGUCUAGCGACGUGUGCCAGCGUGCGUCGCGCGUCUCCUGCGCCAAGAAGAAGCGGGCGUGUGAGUUGCGGGAUGUACUGGGGGGCCUGGUGCGAUCACUGGGUCGAGAGUCGGAGCUGAGGAGGAGACACGGGGGCUUCCCGGGGCCUCUGAGUGCCCCCAUCUCCCACCCACUACAGCAGCAGCAACAGGAACAGCAGGAGUGGGAAGAACUGCAGCAGAUACAGCAGUGGGAGCAACAGGAGGAUGAGAAGUGGCAACGACAGCAGCAGCCGCAGCGGGGAGUGCGACAGCAGCAACCAGAACAACAGGUGCAGCAGGAACAGAAUCAGCAGCAGCAACAACAGCAGCAACAGCAGCCACAGGGACAGCAGCAGCAACUGGAACAGCAACCUGAACAGCAAGAGCAGCGGCAGCAGCAGGAACAACAACAGCAGCAAGAACAGCAGCAGCAACUGGAACAGCAACCGGAACAGCAACAGCAGCCACAGCAGCAGGAACAACAGCAACAGCAGCCACAGCAGCCAGAACAGCAGCAGCAGCAGGAACAGCAGCGACGUCGGGUAUUUAAAGUGACUGAACUUCUGGAACCGCUGAAUCGGAGACAACAUAUGCUAGGGCGACAGCAACCAGACCUCAUUCACAUGCAGCACCUACAGCUAGAGCAGCAACAACAACAGCAACCACGACAUCAACAACAGGCGCAGCAUCAACUGCAACAUCAGCUGCAACAACUGCAGCAGCAGCAGCAGCACCAAACGAGUCUGCUUCAGCAGCAAAUGAAUCAAACUCGGCAGAAGCAGCAAACGAAUCAGAGCCAGAAGCAGCCGAAUCUAACCGAGCAACGACAUCAACUGAAUCAGAUUCAACUGCAGCAGAAUCAAACUCAUGACGAACUGAAUCAGAUUCAACUGCAGCAGGAUCAAACCCAGGACGAACUGAAUCAGAUUCAACUGCAGCAGAAUCAAACUCAGGACGAACUGAAUCAGAUUCAACUGCAGCAGAAUCAAACCCAGGACGAACUGAAUCAGAUUCAACUGCAGCAGAAUCAAACUCAGGACGAACUGAAUCAGAUUCAACUGCAACAGAAUCAAACCCAGGACGAACUGAAUCAGAUUCAACUGCAGCAGAAUCAAACCCAGGACGAACUUAAUCAGAUUCAACUGCAGCAGAAUCAAACCCAGGACGAACUGAAUCAGAUUCAACUGCAGCAGGAUCAAACCCAGGAAAAAAUGAAUCAGGUUCAACUGCAGCAAAAUCAAACCCAGGACGAACUGAAUCAGAUUCAACUACAGCAAAAUCAAACCCAGGACGAACUGAAUCAGAUUCAACUGCAGCAAAAUCAAACCCAGGAAGAACUGAAUCAGAUUCAACUGCAGCAGAAUCAAACCCAGGAAGAACUGAAUCAGAUUCAACUGCAGCAGAAUCAAACCCAGGACGAACUAAAUCAGAUUCAACUGCAGCAAAAUCAAACCCAGGAUGAACUGAAUCAGAUUCAACUGCAGCAAAAUCAAACCCAGGACGAACUGAAUCAGAUUCAACUGCAGCAGAUUCAAACCCAGGACGAACUGAAUCAGAUUCAACUGCAGCAGAAUCAAACCCAGGAAGAACUGAAUCAGGUUCAAGUGCAGCAAAAUCAAACCCGGGAAGAACUGAAUCAGGUUCAAGUGCAGCAGAAUCAAACCCAUGAAAAAUUGAAUCAGGUUCAACUGCAGCACAAUCAAACCCAGGACGAACUGAAUCAGGUUCAAGCGCAGCAGAAUCAAACCCUUCAAGUGAAUCCAUCCCAGGAUACAUAUCAAGUGCAAUGGCAGCAUUUGAAUCAAACAGAAGACCUCAAUCAGACACAGCAGCCGCUGAACGAAAGCACAACUCUCAAUGGUCUUAUUCCGCUCAAUAAAUCCCAGCUGUAUCAAUCUCAUCAGUGGAUAAAUGAUCAAUCUCACGAGCAGCUGGAUCAAACCAAGCAAAGACAGAACCAAAGCCAGGGACUGGAUCUGUCCGAGCAACUGAAUCAAACUGAACUGCAUCUACAACAGCAUCAGUUCCAGCAGCAGCAUCAGCCAGAUUAUUUACAACAACCGGAUCUAACCCAACCUCAACCGCAUCAAACUCAGCAGGUGCCGAGUCAAAAUCUAUCGGAUCCAUCCCAUGAGGAUCUACAUCAAAGUGAACAACUCAAUCAGCAGCUAAAUCAGUCCCAUCGCGAGGGGUACCUAUCCCACCCGGAGUUAGAUCGAACCGAACAAGUGACUCAAUCCCACGCGGAGCUGAAUGGAUAUCACCAGCAGCUGGAUCACACUAAACGGUUGAAUCAAUCCCAGCAUCAGCUCAAUGAAACACAUCGGCAACUGGAUCAAUCUCACAUAAGUAAUCGGUCCCAACUGCUCGAUCAAUCCCGACACCUUCUAAGUGAAACCCAACAACCGAAUCGACCCUACCAACAGCUGAAUAUAUCCAGCCAGGAUCUAAAUGACACCCAACAAACGAAUCAAAUGCAACAGGUGCAUCAAUCCCACCACGAGCAACAGCAGGUGGAUGAAGCCCUCCGGCUGGCCCCGGGUCCGCCGUUCCUGUCGCCUGCGUCCUCCUGUCCCGGGCUCCGAGCGGCCGAGGAAGCCCUCUCUCGGGAGACCGACUCCUGGAGAUGGGUCCUCAGGGUCCCCGAGGAGAAGCUGCUCAUGGAGUUCACGCACGUGUGGCUGGAGUCGCGCACGAGGAUUGCGCGUGUGCGGGCCCUGGUGAACGGGGAGGCCCUCCUCUUCUCGACGGCGCUGGGCCCCGAGGGAGACUCCCUGCAGACUCGGCUCAUCCGCAUAAUCGCCCCCGCCCUGAGGGCGGCGCGGGCACCCCGAGGCACGCGGGGUCAGGGCCAGACUCGGGCGGCUGGGUCGAGGUCGGGCUGAAGGGUUUUGGGGUCAGGGUUUUGCCGUCA